UGCACAAUAACAACGUCGCCGACUAUCCCAACUGAGAAUAAGAAAUGGCGGUGGAGAACGUUACCGGCGCGGAUAUCUUCGCGCUGCCGGAGAUUUGCAUAGCCAACACGCUGUCGUUGACGACGCCUAAGGACGCAUGUCGUCUGUCCCUGGUGGCCUCCAACUUCCGUUCCGCAGCACAAUUCGAAGCCGUCUGGGAAAGGUUCUUGCCUCCCGAUUACCGCGACCUCAUUUCCCGGGCCGCCAACACCGCCGAUUUGCUCGCCUUCACCUCCAAGAAGGAUCUCUAUUUCCACCUCUGCGAUCAUCCCAUAAUUAUUGACUGCGGCACUAAGAGUUUUUCACUAGACAAAGCGAGUGCGAAGAAAUGUUGCAUGUUAGCUGCAAGGUCACUCGACAUUGCUUGGGGCAACGAUCCUAACUAUUGGAGGUGGAUUUCUUUUCCUGGAUCAAGAUUCUCCGAAGUUAAUGAGCUAUUGCAGGUAUGGUGGUUCGAAAUUCGUGGCAGGAUUAGUACAAAGAUGCUGUCUCCAGACACUAACUAUGCAGCAUACCUUGUGUUCAGUGCGAGACAAAACAUCUAUGGCUUUGAAUCCCAACCCGUAGAUGCUUUAUUCAGGAUUAUCGGACAGGACGCUGUAACAAGGAUGGUUUACUUGGAUCCCAAAAGAGCGCUGGUAAGGCCAAGAACCAAGCUUGGUCCGUGGGAAUUGGAUCCGCGUGAAGCAGAGAGGUCAUGGCGAAUGGGGCAACUUGGUCGCCAAACUGGACAGAACGCGAAUCCACCCCCAGAAAACCAUGGCGAAAACCCAAAGGGGAGAGGUGAUAGAUGGAUGGAAGUUGAAUUGGGAGAGAUUUUCAUCAGAGGUAGUGAAGAAGAAGAGUGGGUAGAGAUUAGUUUGAUGGAGGUGCAUGGUGGGCAGCCUAAGGGCGGCAUCAUUGUGCAAGGGAUUGAGAUCAGGCCAAAAUGAGGCCAUGUAUGAAGAAAAAUUAAUGUUCGAUGCAUUCUGAGAAUGAAUUAAUAAUUGGUUCUCGGGAUUCACUCUUAUA